AUGAUUAGACUGUUUCAACUGCAGGAGUACUGCCUACGGUUAAUGGGGCAUAAUGACGACAUGGAUAGUACCGAAGUCAGGGCACUUAGCUUAAAGCACAUUAGCUCCCUGAUUUUCGUUAUUUCGGCGCAGUAUCCAUUGAUCUCUUAUGUCGCCCACAACCGCAAUGACAUGGAAAAAGUCACGGCAUGUCUCAGCGUGGUGUUCACCAAUAUGCUAACGGUUAUAAAAAUUUCUACAUUUUUGGCAAACAGAAGGGACUUUUGGGAAAUGAUACGCCGCUUCAGGAAAAUGCAUGAGCAGAGUUUAAAACGGAUGUUUCGAUCAGCAAGUCCAACUCAAAGAAACGGAGAAGGAUUAGACUACGUUGCCGAAGCCAAUAAACUAGCAUUUUUUCUGGGAAGAGCAUAUUGCUUGUCCUGCGGCCUUACCGGGGUCUAUUUCAUGCUGGGACCCAUUCUAAAAAUUGGAGCUUGCCGUUGGCAUGGUACAACGUGUGACAAGGAGCUGCCCAUGCCAAUGAAGUUUCCAUUUAACGAUUUGAAGAGCCCAGAAUACGAAGUUUGUUUUUUCUACACCGUACUAGUCACUGUUGUCGUUGUUGCCUAUGCUUCGGCAGUCGAUGGUUUAUUUAUUUCGUUUGCCAUUAAUCUGCGAGCUCAUUUUCAGACACUGCAGGCCCAAAUUGAAAACUGGGAGUUUCCAUUAUCCAAGCAAGACACACAAGCAAGGCUGAAAUCAAUCGUUGAAUACCAUGUGCUACUGCACUCCUUAUCCUCAAAGUUACGAUCCAUGUACACACCCACUGUGAUGGGGCAGUUCGUCAUAACCUCCUUGCAGGUUGGUGUUAUAAUAUACCAACUAGUGACAAACAUGGACUCUGUUAUGGAUCUCUUGCUGUAUGCAUCGUUUUUCGGUUCAAUCAUGCUGCAAUUAUUUAUCUAUUGCUACGGCGGUGAAAUCAUCAAGGCUGAGAGUUUGCAGGUUGAUACUGCUGUUCGGCUCUCCGACUGGCAUCUGGCUUCUCCCAAGUCACGUACAUCUUUGUCAUUGAUCAUUCUUCAGUCCCAAAAGGAAGUGGUUAUCAGGGCUGGUUUCUUUGUUGCAUCUCUAGCUAAUUUCGUUGGGGUAACUCAUAUACAUUCUUAUGCAUAUUUCAGUUGAAUCUGGCUAACUUUUACUUGCAGAUCUGUAGAACAGCCUUAUCGUUGAUAACACUCAUCAAAUCUAUUGAAUAAAUAAAUAUAAUUUAUCAAAAUAUUUGUCCUGUCAAUUUUCUUUAAAUUUUUAAAUUAUG